CGUGACGAUCGACUUGGCCGCUUGGCCACCUCCCUCUUGUUUCGGGUUUGCUAAUAUCGAGAACGUCGUGCUGCAAACUGAGAGAGACACUGGCUCAUUCGGACGCGCUAUUGCCGACUUCGCCGGCUGCUGACUCGCUAAGCGGAGAGGGGAGCCUGCUCAACUCGUACGAUUCGGGUGACGGAACGCGCAAUCAAGUCAACGUAGUAUGGGAGAGGAUCCUACAAGGACGCAUGACAAGCAGUUACGGGGGUGGUUGAGCUAUGCGUUCGCGAGCGAAGUGUUUGUCAUAGUGUCAUUGACACUUUUUCUCCCAAUAUGCCUCGAACAAUUUGCCAGAGACAACGGGUACCUGGACCGUGAGGACCGAAAGGAACCUUGCAAUUCCGUCGCAGCCUCCCCCGGUGGAAGAGCUGAGGCGCGCUGCGUGGUCAAACUAGUUGGCCUCUGGAUUGACAGUGCUAGCUUCAGCCUCUACGUCAAUUCCAUCUCCGUGGCCUUGCAGGCACUAACGGUCAUCUCCAUGGGCGGGAUAGCUGACCAUCCCCCGCAUCGGAAACGUCUUCUCCUUAUGUUUGCUGCGUUGGGCGCCUUGUCGGCAACAUUAUUCCUCUUGCUUCCCUCUUCAUCUCCCAUAUGGCCAUGCUCUGCCCUCCUUGGAAUCUGCGCGAACGUCGGAUUUGGCGCCUCUGUGGUCGCUAUGAACGCAUACAUACCAAUUCUCGCGCGAACAUCUCCGGAGGUGGUGGAACUUCGCGAGCAGGCGCUUGAACCAUCGAAUUCACCGGCCCCGGCGCGAGCAGCAAACGACCUGGACGCCGACUCAAACGCUCCGCUCUUGGAGUCUGCGGACCAUUCCACCGAGCCUGAUGACACGUCGCAAGAUUACUCUCGCGCCCUGUCAGCUGCAACCUCCCGCAUAUCCUCCCUCGGUAUUGCGCUCGGCUACGCUGCUGGUAUACUGCUCCUCAUACUCACGCUAAUACCUGUAACGCUUCUAAAGGGGUCGACGUUCUCGCUUCGGUUAGCCAUAAGCGCCAGCGGGCUGUGGUGGGCUGUGUUCUCCCUACCGGCGGCCGCAUGGCUUCCAGGUUCAGACACGACUGCUGAAGCCGAGUUGGAUCACGAUCGCGAAUGGAGCGUGACAAAAGAGAUAGCAAAGGCCUGGAAGCGUCUUUUCGGCAUGCUGCGAUGGCGGGAGAUCAGGCGGCUGCGGAACACGUUUCAAUAUCUCGCAGCCUGGUUUCUGCUUUCGGAUGGUUUCACCACCAUCACCUCCACGGCCGUGCUGUUCGGCAAGACGAGCCUGAAUAUGCCACCGUCGUCCCUCGUAGUUGUCGGUAUUAUAACGCCGUUGGCGGGGAUAAUCGGAUCGCUGGCCUGGCCACGGCUUCAACGCCGCCUGGGAUGCACGAACCUCAAGGUCCUAACCACAUUGGUGAUUAUGGCUAGCUUCGUUCCCGCCUAUGGCUGCCUAGGCUUCAUUCCGCUGUUCAGUCAAGGCCGAGUGAAGUUCGGUGGCCUGACGACACCUGGCGAAUUGUAUGCGCUUGCUAUGUAUUUCGGUUCUGUCUACGGCGCUUUCCAGGGGUACGCGAGGGCAUUUUACGCCGAGCUGAUUCCCCCUGGGGAAGAAGCCCGAUGGUACGGAUUAUUUUCAAUCACGGACAAGUCGAGUUCCUUCGUCGGCCCGCUGGUGGUCGGCCUGAUCGCAGACACGACAGGGAACAUCCGCUAUGCCUUCUUUUUCCUGGUGGGUAUGAUAUGGCUCGCCGUACCAGUGCUCAGGAGCGUGAAUGUGGAACGCGGACGGAAAGAUGCAGCAAGCUACGUCUAUACUUCUGGUCGAUGAUAGGUUGCGCCCCUGUAAUUCACAUCGGAGCGGGCAUCUCGUAGACUGUACGUAGUUGUUAACGAAUAAUACAUGCU